CAAAUUCCUUCUCUUAGGUGGUGUUUGAUGACAUUAUCUUCGCUUUCUUUCGUCAGAAUUCUUUGAAUGAGUCGUCGGUCGGUAUUAUGUUGCCCUAUGGUGAGCUCCUCCAAAUUUGGUGACCCCACCCAACAACUUCUAUUGGGUCCCACAAACCCACUCUUUACAUUGCUCACCAACCGCAGCCCGGCCCGGCCCGACUCACCCACCACGCGACACGAAUCACGAACUAACUAUAAAUCAACCUCCAUUUCCCCAUCUUCAAAUUCAGCAGCGCCCCUUACCAAUCCACAACAACAACAAGAGAGAGAGAGAGAGAGAUGGCGCAAACUGCUGUGGCGACAGAAAACCAGGCCGGCAGGCAUCAGGAGGUUGGGCACAAGAGCCUCUUGCAAAGUGAUGACCUCUACCAGUACAUUCUUGAAACCAGUGUCUAUCCCAGAGAGCCAGAGCCCAUGAAAGAACUCAGGGAAAUAACCGCCAAUCAUCCAUGGAAUAUAAUGACGACAUCUGCGGAUGAGGGCCAAUUCUUAAACAUGCUUCUGAAGCUCAUCAAUGCCAAGAACACCAUGGAGAUUGGAGUUUACACCGGCUACUCUCUCUUGGCUACGGCCCUUGCUCUUCCCGACGACGGCAAGAUAUUGGCGAUGGACAUCAACAAGGAGAAUUACGAGUUGGGUCUGCCAGUAAUUGAGAAAGCUGGAGUCGCCCACAAAAUUGAGUUCAAAGAAGGCCCUGCUUUGCCUGUUCUUGAUCAAAUGGUUGCAGAGGGGAAGCACCAUGGUUCAUUUGACUUCAUAUUUGUGGAUGCUGACAAGGACAACUACCUGAAUUACCACAAGAGGCUGAUUGACUUAGUCAAGGUCGGGGGUGUGAUCGGCUACGACAACACGCUGUGGAACGGGUCCGUGGUGGCCCCACCGGAUGCGCCGCUAAGGAAGUACGUUAGGUACUACAGGGACUUCGUGCUGGAGCUCAACAAGGCUCUCGCUGCUGAUCCAAGGAUCGAGAUUUGCCAGCUGCCUGUGGGCGAUGGGAUUACCCUGUGCCGCCGUAUCAGCUGAUCACCACCUUCGCCAAAUAUAUGCGCUUCAUGCUGAAGAGAUAAAAAUUGCUGCCUGCAUUCGUUGCUCUUUUUUUCUUUUUUAUUUCCCUUUUAACAAAAGUGAAAAGUUGGAUUUGUGGCUCAAUUCCAAUUCAAUGUGGAUGAGUUGUGAACAAAUCUAAUACUAUUAUAUGCCCCUCCAAAUAUGUAAUAUUGAUUUUUUUUAAUGCAUGAUGAUGCUUAUGUGUAUUAA